GCGGCCCCAAGUGCAGCUGAAAGCACUCCUUGGGAGUCAGCCAAGACCCUCCAUCCAAGCAGGGCUGGAUCCUUGCACUUGGCCAUGAUAAGGAGAUGCUUCCAGGUGGCAGCAAGACUUGGCCACCACAGAGGCCUUCUUGAGGCCCCCCGUAUCCUGCCCAGACUCAACCCUGCCUCAGCAUUUGGAUCCUCCACAGACUCCAUGUUCUCAAGAUUCUUGCCAGAGAAGACAGACUUGAAGGAUUAUGCUCUUCCCAAUGCCAGCUGGUGUUCGGACAUGCUGAGCCUGUACCAAGAAUUUCUGGAGAAGACUAAGUCUAGCGGCUGGAUCAAGCUGCCCUCCUUCAAGUCCAACAGAGACCACAUCCAGGGACUCAAGCUCCCAUCUGGACUGGCAGUUUCCUCAGACAAAGGUGACUGUCGCAUCUUCACCAGGUGCAUCCAAGUGGAAGGACAAGGCUUUGAGUAUGUCAUCUUUUUCCAGCCAUCCCAGAAGAAGUCGGUCUGUCUUUUCCAACCAGGCCCCUACCUGGAGGGGCCCCCAGGGUUUGCUCACGGCGGGUCCCUGGCAGCCAUGAUGGACGAGAUCUUUUCUAAAACUGCCUUCCUGGCUGGAGAGGGGCUGUUCACACUAAGUCUCAACAUCAGGUUCAAAAACUUGAUCCCCGUGGGCUCUCUGGUUGUAAUGGAUGUAGAAGUGGACAAGAUUGAGAACCAGAAGCUUUACAUGUCCUGCAUCGCCCACAGCAGAGACCAGCAGACAGUUUAUGCCAAGUCCUCAGGUGUUUUCCUUCAGCUGCAGUUGGAAGAAGAGUCUCCCCAGUAACAGUCACUGUGCCUGCAGGAGAGCCACUGCCUCCCCUGCCUGCCUCCUGCCUCCUGCCUCCUGCCUCCCCUGCCUGCCUGGGACCCAUCAAAGAGCAGGGAGGGGUCCUCAAGCAGCAAUUGGUGAGGCGAGGGAAAGGACCCUUUUUUCUGAGUAAAUAAAGUCUCACAGUCCCAUUCUCGGCCCAGGGCCUUUCUGUGGUUGGAAAUCAAAAUCCUUCCAGGGCAUCUCACAUACCCACCUUCCCAUUCAGCACCGACUGAAAAGAUUUACUGAGUACCCGCCAGGUGUCAGGCACUGUGUGAGGCACCAGGCACCCAGAAGUGAAAGACAGGGCCCCAGUCUCAAGAUGCACAAUGCGGGAGCCAGGUGCCAAGUCAGAGUGCCCUAUCACGCUCCUCCCACACCCACCCUGGCUUCUAUCAUGAGUGCAGUGUCAUCUCAGCGGGAGGAAGGGCUAAUUUUACUCUACAAAAGCAAUCAGAAAACAUCUUCUAGAAGAAGCUCUUCCUGAACUGUCUCAAAAGUUAAGUGGUGUUCAUUAGGCAGGCAGGGGAGAGGAGGAUAUCCCAAGCAGAAGGGAAGUAAGACAAAGGUGCAGAGGUGUGAAAGUGUACAGGGACUUUGGAGAAGAGCAAGGUGUUGAGGAGGGCAGGCAUUUAGGGAAAGAGAAGGUGGGCAGGAGCAAACCACAGGAAGGCUGCAUAAUCCCUGCUGGAGAGCUGGAACUUUGUCUUGCAGGCAACAGGGAGCCUCCAAAGGGCUUGGGCUGGGGAGUGACAGAGCUUUGUUAUUUAGAAAGAUGACUCAGUGGCAGUAAGGCAUCAGCAAGACU